AUGCCAAACCCUGUUAAUGAAAAGUCUGAAAAGUCGCAGUUUGUCAUCGACGACGAUGAUGACUAUUACUACCACGAGACAGAGGCCGUAUUCGAAGACUCUAUCGAAGUCGAGGAACACGAAGACGCGGACAACGAAGAGUUUGUCUUUGAGCCACGCCAGUUUACUUGGCGAGCUGCCAUCGUCGGCUCAUUGCUGGGAUGCGUUGUCUCUGCCAGCAACUUAUACCUGGGUUUGAAGAUCGGCUGGACCUUCGGCGCUGCCCUUUGGGGUUCCAUCUUUGGUUUCUUGAUCCUAAAGUCCCUGUCUCGCAUCACGGGCACGAUCUUCGGUCCCAAAGAGAAUGCAGUCUGCCAGGCUGCUGCGACCUCUGCUGGUGGUCUCUCCAGUGGUUUCGUUACAGCCAUCCCAGCCAUGUAUCGCAUGGGUCUCAUGGGCAAUAGCACGCCCCAGGAUGAUGUUGUCGCACUGCUCCUGUGGACUGCUUCUGCUGCAUUCUUUGGGAUGUUCUUUGCUGUCCCUCUUCGGUCACACUUUGUCAUCAACCAGGACUUGGUCUUCCCCACCCCACGCGCCGCCGCCGAGACUAUCAAAAACUUGCAUAGGGCGGGCUCUGCUGCUGCGAAGGAUGCACGCGACUCUGGUAUUGCCAUGAUCGUUUCCUUCUGCACCGCCAUGUUCUGGGCCAUCCUUGGCUUCUUCAUUCCCGGGAUUUUUGGAACCGUCCACAUCCUCUAUUACAUUGGCAAGGCUGCCAGUUAUACCAACAUGAUGGAUGCUGAUGCGAAGUGGGGCUGGGCCUUCAACUGGGACUUUGCAUUUUUUGGAGCCGGUCUCAUGACGCCCGCAAGCACUGUGUUCUCGUUCAUAAUGGGGGAGUUGAUUGCCUUUGGUAUUGCUGGGCCUCUGAUGACCUCCUCGGGCUACCUGAAUGGUCGUAUCGGUUUUCCUCCCCCACCCAUUGUGGGCUCCGCCCAAUCCUGGUUCCUCUGGCCUGGUGUUGGUAUGAUGGUAUUCACUGCAUUCUCGGAACUCGGUGUGCGCGGUCCCUCUCUGUACCACGGUGUUAUGGGUGGUAUUCGUGAAGGCCGCAACGUUGUUCGCAGCUGGCGCAAGAAGGCAGCUCUCGUCGAUGCCUCUGGCUAUGUCUCCAAGGACACGACUCCGGAGCAUGAGCUGAUCCCCACAUCCUGGUGGCUCGGUGGUUUGCUUGUCUCUGGCAUCUUCACCAUCUUGGUCAUGUACUUCAACUUCAAUGUCCCCGUCUAUGCCACCAUCGGAGCCAUCUUCAUUUCUUUCUUGCUGGCGUUUGUGGGUCUCCAAGCAUCGGGCGAAACUGAUAUCAAUCCUACGGGCGCCGUCGCCAAAGUGACUCAGCUCGUCUUCUCGCGCAUCCCUAACCCUGAUCUCCAGGUCGUCCAGAAGACCAAUCUGAUGUGUGCCAACAUUGCUGCCUCGGUUUGCUCUCAAGCCGUCGAUAUGGUCGGAGAUCUCAAGACAGGUCACUUGAUUGGUGCCUCCCCCCGUGCCAUGCUGGGUGCGCAGUUGGUCGGCUCCGUCUUUGCCAUCGCGAUCGCCAUUCCCUUGUUCAUCGUGUACACGAAGGCCUACCCAUGCGUCCUCGAUAGUGCCGCAACCAGCUGUCAGUUUGGCGUCCCUGCUGUCGUCGCCUGGGAGAACGUUGCCAAGAUCUUGACUGGAGAUGGCAAGAUCCCCCGCGAGUCCAUGAUCUUGACGUUCGUGUGCUGCGCUCUCGGUGUCAUCAACGUCGUGGUUCGUCACAAGUUCGUUCCUGAUCGCUUGAGGCCCUAUUGGAUCAAUCUUAACGCUGUUGGUCUUGGAUUCAUCAACCCCUCACCUGCCGUCGCUAUCGCCAUGUUGGUCGGCUGGGCUGCAGGCGCGAUUUGGAAGCGCACGAGCUCGAGAACACACGAGCGGUUGAUGUACUCUGUCUCGGCUGGAUUGAUUGCUGGAGUCGGUAUUGCUGGAUUGGUCAAUGCGGCCAUGACAAUUGCGGGAGUCAAGGGUGGUCUUGUCAAGGCUGGCUGUGGUCAUCCUGGGCUCGGUUACACUCUUUGCUGA